AUGAAUCCACCUCCGAUCAGAUCAGAUGUUCACCCCAACCAUGUCCCACCUCUGGGAAAUCCGGCAAAUCCACCACCUCCAAUGUCUUUCCUUCCCAGAGCUUCCACGCACUCAGUACCGCCAUCACUUCCGCUAUCCAACCAGCCUGGUCUUCAAGUGCAUAAUACAUAUCCACAUCAACCUCCUGGAAUGAUGCCCACACAAGGCCCAUCACUACACUUGACUCAGGGAGUGGGUGGGCCGUCACUACCGUAUCGAGAUCAACCAAAUCAAUAUGGACAGCAGAUGAAUACGAAUAUGCUACCCGUUAAUGGAUAUAAGAUGCCACAUCAAAAUCCUAGGUCUGGUAAUAUGGUACCACCCCCAUCAUCAGCGCAUGAUCAUUACCAUCAACCUCGGAAUUCCCGGAAUCAACCACCUUCACGACCACAGCCGUUUCAUCAAUUACCUGGACAGCCUAACCUAGCACUUCCACCUCGACCUAUGUUGUCAUAUGUUGAAACAAGUGUAAAUGAACCGAUACCCCAUAAAGCUUCAACAUUUCAUAACAAUCUUCAUCAACCCAAUAUGCCACCUAAUGCGCUGUACGGACCUCAUGGAGUCCUCAAUGGUGCAUCAGCCCCAGCACCGAUGCUACCUCAAUCUUCUAUUGCUUCGAUUAACCAUAACCAUCGAGAAUUUGAUCGACCGCCACGAGACACAUAUAUUCCGGGAGGUGGUCAAGAUGGAUACUCGAACAACAUGCGUAAUGGGAAUGGUAAUGGUUCUCGAAAUCAAAAUGAUCGAAGAUAUAAUCGAAAUAACAAUAACAAUAACAAUAAUUAUAACAGCAAUCACGGCCAUAAUAAUAAUAAUAAUAACAAUAAUGUUAAUGGACGUGAUCGAUGGACGCCAUCAACUUCAAAUCAAGCUCCUUUAAACCGACAACGUGGCGGAGACCAUCGAAACCGACAAAAUGAUGGACGACGUGGAGGAAGUGUUGGUGGAGGGAAUCGACAAUCAUGGCCCAUGAAUUCUUUUAACAAUGGUAAUGGAGGGGGAAAUGGAGAUUAUAUGCAAGGAGGUUCACAAAGAUCAGAUGGAGAUUGGAAUAAUUCAUCAGGACCACCACCACCACCACCUCAUCCUCAUCCUCAUCCACAUCCUCAUCAUCAACCUUAUCAUCCAUCUCAUUCUCAUUCAAGUAGUAAUGGAAUUGAACCUUCUGUUCCUUUGAUUAGAUAUGCUGGAAGACCUCAGGAUGAUGGACCUCAUUUAGAGUAUUAA